AGUUACACAUGGAAUAAACAAACGUACAGUCAAUAACACAAUAGAAAAGUCUAUAUACAGUGUGUGCAAAUGAAGUCAGAUUAGGGAAGUAAGGCAAUAAAUAGGCCGGAGUGACAAAGUAAUUACAAUGUAGCAAUUAAUAUAACUGAAAUAUAACUGAAUGAUCCACAAAACACAUAAUAGCUGAAUACAUGUUAUCAUCAAAAGUAUUGCAACUGACAGGUUGAGUCAGCGUAAAAUAUAGAUCAAACAGCUACAGGCAACAGAGGCUAUGUCCAAGAUUAUGCACCAGUUAUCUUGACACCUCUCUGAAAACGGUCGUCACUAUUUAGCACAGCCACAAAGUCAUAAACCCCAACUAUUUUACAAUGAAUGUUCUUAAAAUCUGAUUUGAAAUCUAACCUUAACCACAUUGCUAACCUUAUGCCAAACCGUAACCUUAAAUUAAUACCAAAAAGCUACUUUUUGUUUUUAUGAAUUUUAACGAUAUACAAUUUUGACUUUGUGACUGUGGUAACUUGUUACAACCUCGGUAAACAAAUCAUUUUACGUAGCUAGAGCGUUGAAAUGUUCGUCAUCACGUCCUGUCAACCCUAUGCCUCUGUCUUGGAUGGUAAAUGAGAUGAACUCUUCUGAUUAAAUGGGAUUUAUGCCAAUUUGUGAAAUAUAGUCUUCAUAUUUGAUAAGAAAAUAGUUUGUAAUUGACAUUGCGGCACUUGAAGACAUCAAAGGAAAUGACAGAAACGUAUGAUUUCCUUUUUAAAUUCUUGGUGAUUGGAAGUGCAGGAUCAGGGAAAUCCUGUCUUCUCCAUCAAUUUAUAGAAAACAAGUUCAAGCAGGACUCCAGCCACACCAUUGGGGUGGAGUUUGGCUCCCGGGUGGCGAUGGUCGCCGGUAAGACGAUCAAGCUGCAGAUCUGGGACACAGCUGGACAGGAACGAUUCCGGUCAGUGACUCGCAGUUAUUACAGAGGGGCAGCAGGGGCUCUCCUGGUUUAUGACAUCACCAGUCGGGAAACGUAUAAUGCCCUGACCAACUGGUUGACAGACGCUCGAACGCUGGCCAGUCCAAACAUCGUCAUCAUCCUGUGUGGGAACAAGAAAGACCUGGAGGCUGACAGAGAAGUCACCUUCCUUGAGGCGGCCCGCUUCGCCCAGGAGAACGAACUGAUGUUCCUGGAGACGAGUGCCCUCACCGGAGAGAAUGUGGAGGAGGCCUUCCUUAAAUGUGGUCGCACCAUCCUCAACAAGAUAGAUUCAGGUGAGUUAGACCCGGAACGGAUGGGCUCAGGGAUCCAGUAUGGUGACACAACGGUGAGGCAGCUUCGCCAGUCGCCACAGGCUGGCUCAGCACAGGGCAGAGAUCAGUGCAACUGUUAAAGGCUAAUGCUAACCUAGCUCUAAGACACACAGAACCCAUGUCUCCAGGCCCCGAUGUAAAUCUUUCUUGUAACAGUCUCUGCACACUCAGUGCCUUUGGAGGACUGCCCUGUAACUCUUGACCCCUGCACUUGGACUAGUUCUGGAGAGACCCUGUGUAAAAAUGUGGGCUGGGUUGUCACGGAGCUAUCUGGGUUGUCACGGAGCUACUCUCCUCCAGGCCUUUCUCUCUCUGACUACUGCUCCAGUCCGUGUCGCCAGGGAAUACAAGUGACAUCAGCAGAGAGGACUGAUCAGUCACAGAGCCAGGCCAAUGGACACACACAGGACAUUUGUUUUCAAUGUCUUUACUCAGAAGCAGCCACAGCAGCUCUCAAACCUCUCACUGUUCAAACAUGGUGUAAGGAGAACAUCAUACGUUCAUUUGUGUCUAAUCUCUAUAAAAGUUAAGCCAAUUUAUUGGUUGUGUUGAAAACUGUAAGAUAUUGUAAAUAUAUCAAAAGGAAAUAUAACAUUUAUGUGAUAUUUGUGUACAAUGUUUUAAGAGACUGAAAAAAAGCUUGGGACUUGUGGUAGUCACCGUGUACACAUACUGUAAUGUGUGAAUGUGUGUGUGAAAAUUGUCACAACGUUAAAGCUGGAAUCCUUAUCGGUGAAACGUCUUGUUUGCUCUAUUACAACAACAAAGAAGUUACUUCAAACAAUGAACACUGUUUUUUCCCCCUCAGACAUCAUUGCAUGGCAGAGGAGGCUGGUGGGAGGAGCUGUAAGAGGAUGGGCUCAUUGUAAUGGCUGGA